UGUGACCUUAGACAUCUGAAGACAUCUAAAGAAAUCUGAAGAAAUCUGAAGACGUGAAGAUGAAACUGUCUUGUGUUGUUGCUGUUGCUGUUCUCGUUCUGGCACUCUGCUCCCUGGGACAAAGCCAGCAACCAGAUAAAUGCUGUUUUAGUUAUUACAGCAAGACGAUUCCACCUAGAGCCAUAAAAGAAUAUAAACCUACCGGCCCCCAGUGCGCCAAAAAGGGAGUGAUCCUCAUCACUAAUAAGGGCAAAGAACUGUGUGCCAACCCAGAGGUCAAGGAAGUCCAGGACAUCAUGGAGAAACUGGACGACCUGUUUGGUACCCUGGCCCCCAUCACUUCUCGCUAACAUAUGACCACAGAAGAGGUUCAUCAGCCCUGAGCUCCUUUGUGAGAUGUCCAUGAACUCUGCAUGUCAGAGUCACAGUGAAUGUAACAACUGUAACUCAAUUGCUUUGUUUUGCACAAAAAAUAUUCUGUUAUUCUAUAUUGUCUCCUUUAUGUUUCUGAAAGAGUACGCUUUCAAGAUGGGCCUUAUAGAUAAAUUAUAGAUAACUAAUAAACCUGAGAAUCACCCUUUUGUUCAAUAUUACUCUGACCAGGUUUAAAUAAAUGUAUUUUGGCCACAUA